ACUGGGGAUGCAGAAAGGGCCAUGUAACGUGUGCCCAGAGCAGUGGUGCUGAAACAGACUUGCAGAAACUUCGAGAUGAUUGACAGUUCUUUUUGGUGAGUCAAAAAGCAGGAUGCCCGGUGUGCCCUGCUGGGCCUCGCAUCAAGCCCUGCCUAUUGCUUGUGCCCUUGUCCUCACCUGGCUAUUACCCUUGGUACAUGCUGCAUUCAGCCAGAAGCCUGCCAAGCUGCCCCUGGUGGGACGCAAGCCAUUCUUGGCUGCAUGGAACGCACCUCUCGACUUGUGUACUGUCAAAUACAACAUGAACAUAAGUCUGGACCUUUUUCACAUUAGUGGCAGUCCACGAGCUGUCCAUACAGGCCAGGAUGUCACCAUCUUCUAUCCAAACCGUCUGGGUUACUAUCCAUUUUAUACAGAGCAAGGCGAGGCUGUGAAUGGGGGCCUUCCUCAGAACUGCAGUCUAGAAGCUCACCUCCACAAAGCUAGCAAAGACAUUGCACAUUUCAUUCCCUCAGAAGAUUUCCAUGGCCUAGCCAUCAUUGACUGGGAGUACUGGAGGCCACAGUGGAGCCGCAACUGGCAAAAAAAAGACAUCUAUCGGCAACGGUCACGUGAACUUGUCUCCCGAGCCUAUAUCAAUGUGACAGAUGAUCAAAUAGAGGAACUGGCACGUCUACGCUUCGAAAAGAGUGCCAUGGCAUUUAUGCAGGGCACGCUGGAGCUUGGCACACGGGCUCGACCAAAAGGCCUAUGGGGCUUUUACCUAUAUCCAGAUUGCCAUAACUACAAUGUGCAUACACACAAUUAUAGCGGCUACUGCCCCAUUUUGGAGAAAGUCCGCAAUGAUGAACUGCUCUGGUUGUGGAACAGCAGUACUGCACUCUUUCCUGCAAUGGCAAUCCGAAGAGACCACAUGGACAGCAUUCGCAACCUGCAUUUUUGCCAGAACAGGGUACUGGAGUCUCUAAGGCUUGCUUCCAUGAAUUCACUGCCAUACGAGCUGCCAACGUUUGUGUACACAAGGCUCGGCUACAGAGAUGAAGCCAUGACAUUCCUGACAGAGAAGGAUUUAGUACACACAAUAGGGGAAAGUGCUGCUUUAGGUGCUGCAGGCUUUGUGAUUUGGGGUGACCUUAACCUUACAUCUUCUAGACAAAACUGUUCCAGGGUAAAAACAUUUUUGAGCUACAGACUUGGCCAGUACAUCACCAACGUGACCCGGGCAUCUGAAGUGUGCAGUGAUUAUCUGUGCCAGUCUAAUGGUCGUUGCAUUCGGAGAGACCCACAUGCACCGCAUUUCUUGCACCUGAAUCGCCCAAGCUACCGCAUCCGAUCAAACCGCAAUGGCACAUUCACUGUCACUGGUCAGUAUUCCCCGCACGAACUACAACAACUGGCAGAAAGGUUCUACUGCCACUGUUAUGAAGGGUAUGAGGGUGAGCACUGUGACAGUACAGAGUCAACGCACACAGCAGACGUCGAGGAGAAAGAGAAGGAUGUGGAGAAGAAAGAACAGGAUCGAGUGUCAGAAAGCUCUGCUGCUGAGACUGUGGGAAAUGCUCCUGUCCUAGUGGUGCUUUUCAUCCUGUUUACUUUUAGCUAAAUUUUAAGCACUGUGGUACAGCUAUCCAAUGGCACAUGUAGUGACCAAUGUUUGUAUGCAGCCACUUCAUGUUUUGCAGUCAUGAUAUAGGUUGAUAUCACUUGAAGCAACAGGAAAAUAGUUAAUGACUGCUUUUUUCCUGAUAUCAUCUACCUUAAAUACUUCUACUUGUUAAAUAUUUUAUUUGCACAAACUAUAGUAAUGUACUUAAUUUACUAUAGUAAUCAAACAAUAUUAUAAUAGGCAAAUGUUGUUUAACCUGAAACUCUCUAUCUAUAUACAUAUCCUAAUUAUUCACAUAUAUGUUUAAUAAGGUUGUAUUUCAGACACCACUUAUUCUAAAUUCAGCUCAUUUUCUUAAUGAUGAUUCCAAGAUUACUGAUUAACUCUUGGCUUAUCAUUAAAAACACACACACGCACACACACACGCACACACGAAGCACUUAAUUAUUAUUCUCUGUUGUAUAAGUAGUUUGGGUUUUACUCUAUAGUUUAAGACAAGAAUAUAAUGAGGGUUUUAUCCAAAGUUUUAUACAGUCCAAUGAUCCAAUAAUUAUUACAAAACAGAUUCUCAAUUGAAAUUAAGCUGCACUUAAGGCAAAUAAUUGCUAUACCUAACAGCUAAGUGAAAAGAUACAUACUUUUUUUAAGGCGAUCUAUCUAUCUCAUUAACCUAAAAAACAUUUUAAGGUGUAAUUUUCUGUACUUUUUUUUAUUUUUUUUUAUCAAACAUCACUUGAAAAUAUUACCAAAAAUCAUGGUAAAAGACAAUCUGAAUGUUGGACAAAUGUAAAUACAAUUUAGUAAAUAUUUUAUAUGUCUUUUCUAUAUUUUUCUUUUUUGCAAAAUCUCUAUUUUUCAAAACUUUAGGAAAAAAAUCUAGAUUUGCAGUUUAAUUAAUUAUACAACGGUACUUUGGAUGUUUUGAAAUAUAUAUAUAUAGAAACUGAAUAAGUUUUAACAAAACCAAGCACAAACAUUAUUACCAUACCUUUUCCAGUACUAACAUGUACUACAUGUUAUAGUAGCCUAUAAAUUUCAAAUAAAAACAAAUUUUCAAUUAAAGCAAAGCAGAGAGUAAUGCAUAUACCUCAUUUUAUGUAAUUUUUCUCAUCUUUUAGAAAUGUUAAUUUCAAUAUUUAGAACAUACGAGAGGUGCUUUUAUACCUUGUUUAGCACAUCAUUAAGGUCUUAAGUACAUCAAAAGUCAUUAACAUGAAAUGUACAAUAUUUUCACAUGACUUUUUUUUUAAUCAAUAGCAUUUCUACAAACUGUUGGCAAUUUUAUUUAUUUUUUUUACAUCAUCUGGGUAACAUAUUCCACUAAAAUCACAUCUUCAUUUAUUGAUUUGUGAAGAAUUUUGUAGCAACAAUUUUGUACUGGCUAUAAUAUUAAUCAAAUAUUACAUGAAGGCAUGUACUGCCUGAGCUAGAAUGCACUAUAAAUAAAUACAUAUUAAUAAAUAAAAAGAAACUGAUUUUGAUUGCUUGUUUGUUUUUAUAUUCUUUAAUACAUGUAUUGACAUGUCUGGGUUUUUCUUGUAACUUUCUUUUCGGCUUCUCCCGUUAGGGGUCGCCACAGCGGAUCCUCCGCACAUUUGAUUUGGCACGUUUUUACGCUGGAUGCCCUUCCUAACGCAACCCUCCCCAAUUUAUCCGUCUGGUUUUUUCUUGUAAAUAUUAAAAAUAAAAAAAUCGAUCUAUUUUUCAAUAUAUAGAUUUUAUAUAGAAUUUUUUAAUAUGAGCUUAAAAUGCACAUUUGACUUUUGUGCAUGUGUGCCUUAAACACACUGAUAUGAGGUCCAGUUAAAUGUUUCUGCUGUGACAAAAAUAUUUCCCACAUUUUCUAUCAUAUGAGAUUCCAUCCAUUGUAUUCUUUGUCAUUUACCUUGUUAAUGUCUGUAAUAAACCUCU